AUGCCGUCACGGUUACAGCACUCGGCGCAUCAUGCAGCAUCGCCGCUGUUUCUCCCUACCGCUACCCUCUUCCUACUGGCUCUUCCGCACCUCUCUAUCGCAGCGACCGACCAAGGCAGGAUCAUUUACCCAUGGGACAAUGGUCCUCUUAGCGCCAACAGUUAUGGCGCAAUGCGCACGACCUGGGGAUCGCAAGACUGCGUCAACAUGUCGUGGGUCUCGUCGCCUUCGACACCUUUCCAGUACAUCCACCUCGAGUGCAACCAGGGCCCAAACGGCACCGGUCCUCCCUGGAUACGCGUCUGGGCCUUUAACUCGACUUCCAGCUCCGGCAAUGGCUCUAGCCUCUUUUGCGUUGCCAAUUGCAACCCGUCGCCGCCGUCGAGCAAUACGUGUCGUUUUGUGCUCGACCUUGCUUCUAGCGCGGGCAAAUCGCCGACUGACACGGCGUAUUCCCCAAACGUCAGCUUGAAUGUCAUGGACCAAAAGAUGGGCGAGGGCGCGACAUACCCGCUGCCGCAAUGGGCUACAACAGGGGCUACAACAACACCGACAGCAUCAACAACAUCGACUUCAACCUCGGUGGGAAGCUCGAGCGCCUCGACGCCUGCCUCUUCCUCAGAGUCCGCCUCGGGCCUAAACACCGGCGCCAAAGCCGGCAUUAGCGUCGGUGUCAGCGCCGUCUGCCUCAUCAUCCUCGCAUGUCUCGGCGGUUGCCUUUUUAAACGGAGACAGGCCCGCAUGGGAGGGGCCGGGCCGGGUCCGGCCGAGGUGCAUCGGGACCAGACACACGACGUCAAGAUCGUGGAGCCGUUGAACGUCACACCGUACGAGCUGGAUGGGUCUAGCAGGCCGGCAGAAUUGCCUACUCGGCAGAGAUUUCAAGACUGA